UUUCAAGCUCGCGCUCUCGAUCGAUCUUCUCAUGCUUUUAGUUUUUUGUCAGUUAGAUCGGUGGACGUUUUUUUUUUUGUUUUUUUUUUAAUAUAUAUAUAUAUACAUAUAUAUAUAUAUAUUUUUUGAGGAGGUUUGAGGAUUGGUUAGUAAGGUGGAACGAUUUUUGGCUCGGGUUUUGUUUGUGCUUUUGAUGUUGUGGAUGGAGUCGUGAGAUUUUUUCAGUGUCGAGUGUAGGGAUGGGGUGGGGAUGCUGCUGGAGCGUUAGGGAGUGGGGAGUUAGGGAAAUGGACCACACAUGAGGUGGAAUUUAACGUGGUGUAGUGUUUUAGGUCGGCGCGCUUUUUGGCAGAGGAGUGAGAUGGCAAUCGCGGUUGGAACCAGUGAGUGCGUCGAGACAACGUGCGUGCAUGGUUAAGCUGUGUUUGAGCUUAUCCUGGUACGUCACGAAUACGUUCAUACAUUAUCUGAACGAAUUUUUGCGGCGGGUGUUGGCUGUGUAAUUCUUCAGCUCGUGAAUGUUCUGUGCUGUAGUCUUGAAUUGUUUGGAUGUGAGCUUUUGGAGUGUGAUUCGAGUACAGGGUGCGUAAAUCUGAAUUUUAAAAUUGAAUGGUGAAUGUAUUGUGCUGUGUCGCUGUUUUACGAUGAUACAGAGUCUGUUCCAGCAGCAACCAUACCAGAAAAGAGCCUAUACACCAACUAAUAGAGCAGCAAUGUAUUCCGUGUAGAUUACCCUUUACCUUACUGUAGUUCAAUCGGAGUAUAAUUCUUGAUUGUUAAUUUUAAGCGGUGAUCCUCAAGCUUUGGCUUAUCACAUUCAAUUUGGUUCUAACGAGAAUUGUUGUCAUUUUGAUCUCGUAACUACCUCCAUAUUUGGGGUUUAGGUGAAAUCCUGUUUCUGAAUGCGCGUAGUUCGAUGAUCGAUGAGUAAAACAUGUUUUCUGAAACGUGGCUGUGUUGAUUAAGUUUUGGGUCUUAGUUGGAUCUUUAGAUACUACUACGGUUUAACUGUAAACAGUCUCAACUGAAAGUGAAGAUAGGGUUUCCACGAAUGAGUAAUGUGGGAGGUGGUGAAUUCUCGUUCAUGAAUUCGAUGAUUCAUAAAUCUUCACUAAUUCGAUUUAUGUUGUAUAAAUCUUCACUAAUUCGAUUCAGUGAAGCAUUGCCUACUUUUAGAACUGUGUCUGGGUGUUUCACCAUAGAAUUCGCAGGUUGUUUGAAUGCGACUAGCCUUUGAUGUUAGGGAUAUAUCUACAACUGGAGAAAAUGGAUCUUACAAAGACCCUACUCAUUAUGACUAAGAUUUGGUAGCCAUUAUAGCUGGUGGUAGCGGUGUCCUGGUAGCCCGGUAUGCAGCUCAAUUUGGAGGUAAAGUCAGUCAAUGAGAUGUCAUUUGCACUUCUCUCUUCAGAUGAAGCUGGUGGUGUUGGGGAGCAUAAGUUGUACAUUGUACAUCUUACCCUACUCUUGCAGGUUUUUUUAGUCAACAGAUGUUUGGAUUCUCUACUUCACUUCUAUUCGGGUGCUCCCACAAAUUCUUAUCAUGAAAUGUACGCCGUCAACUGCCAUAAGCUAGUGCAAGUUGGCUUGGUUCCGAGAUCAAGUGUGAGUGGUGUUUCGGCACCAUCAAAAACACCUACUUGAAUCACACUCCAAAAGUGUGAGUGGUGUUUCGGCACCAUCAAAUACACCGACAUCUGCACCAGCAACAACAACGAGGCGCUAAAACCCAUGUUCUAAUCGUGAUCCUUAGCGUCCGAAACCCUCCAAUGUUUCCACAGAGUGACAAGCCGCAUCUCCAAGUUGUGGCUCUCUUUCAUUAACCGUCAUAAACUGUCUUGCUUCAUCAGUACUCUAGAGUUGAAUGUAAAAAUACCAGUGCGCAGUUUCGCCGUGUCGGCAUGCCAAUGUGGACAAUAACCCUUUUUAGAGUGAAUAUGAGGUGAGUUUGCUGUAGUAUAACUUGUUUGUACAACGGCACUCAAAUCGCAGCUCAUCCUCCAUGCGCACCGAGUUCUGUUGUGAAAUAGGAUCCAGUUUAAGGAGACCAUUUCUCAUGUAUGCUGAGCACACAGCACUCUGAUCCCCCUGUUGCUCGACCUUCACGGACUUGAAGGAAGAGAUUUCUUCGAGGAUGGAGAUUGAUUGAGUCAAGGGGAAAAGAGUGUUGUCACGGGUUGGUGACUUGAAUUAAUGGGCCCACAAUCUGUCCUUACGAGCUCUGCUUGGAGGGGCCUUGGUGCAGAAAGCACGGAUGGGGAUGCUGUAAGAGGGGCGUACGAUUGUGCGGGACGGUCGGCAACUGCGGUCAUGGCAGGACAACACAAAUGAACUCUCUUCGGCAUCAUGAAGAGAACAAACUUGCUUAUUCUCGAAAAGGAAAAUGGUGGGCAGCUUUCGAACAAGCCCUAAUUAAUAUCCACCCUUCCCCUAAUCAAUGGGUUCCUCCUGCGUUACAUUUCGUAACUUUCUCUUUAACAAUUCAGCGCAGGAUCCUUAUCCGAAAAUAAACUCGGUCGGAAGUAAAAAAAAAAAAAAAAAAAAAAAAAGAAAGAAAAAAAAAGAGUGAAAAUCUCCCCGUUCAUUGAUACCCAUGAUUCAAUUAUCGAGAUUGUGGUAACCAUAGACGAGGUGGAGCCAUUUGGAAGUCAUGCUGAUUCGAUGUAUCGACUGUUGCAUCGAACAAGCGGAACAAACAGUGUUUCACUUAAGUAGAUUUCAAUUGCUGUGUUACGAAGCACUGCAGCAGCAGUAAUGGUGGCAGGGACGCGGGGACCAGCGACCAAUGAGGAUUUGAAACAUCAAUAUGGGUUUAGUGCCGUGAAAGGAAGGAGGGGAGCGCCUGCACAUGCACGUGAGCGUGAGUAUAUUCAACGUCAACUUUAAUUGCCACGGUAUGUUUAUGGGUGGGGGAGUACAUGUAAGGCCCUCCCAUUAAAUUACAAAAUUUGAGGCCUCGUCCCAGAAGAACAAGGUGAAAUUAGAAUCGAAUGAGAUGCUGCAGCAUGAUGCAAACGAGUGGGACAAACGCCGCGAGAUGUCGAUGACGCGCGGUUGAGCUGCAGCUGGGAAAGCGGGAUUCGGGCGAAUGCAUUUCGUAAAAACAAUACUACAUAGAAUGCCGGCCAGACCUAGUGAAUGAGUUCAGAAGUAAACGGGCAUCAACUUUAGUAAAUGAUUGACAGAAUGUUGGUGCUUUUCGGGUAGGAUUAGCAUUUGUUCUGUUUCUCCUUGCUCGCAGAGCCGCUCAAAUUGCCAGCAAGAAUAAAUGCAUUUUCUUGUGCCUGUCAGACUUAUUAGAAAAGUUCAAAUCUCUUUGGGUCUACCAGCUCUUUUAUGUAUUAUUAUUUUUUGGUAAAAUCAGUCACACAACCCCCCCCCCCCCCCCAUUCGCAACUUUAAACGAGUUUUAGCUCCAAACAUCAUGCAUAUUUCAGUCCUGCUUGUUCUCCACUCACUCAGUUUACUCCCCAGUUCCUCCUAAACAAGUUUGAGGUUAUCUUGAUUCAAGAACUGAGUUGCACAGAGAUGUAGACAGAAAAAUAUCCAAGUUAAGCAGAGAGUUCGGUUAUUUCAGUUUCCUCCGCAGCGACCCUCUAAACAAUAUUCAAUGUUAGGGCUCUCUUAAUCCUCUACAAGAAAACUCAAGAUUUCAAAAUCGUUGUUUUCGUGGGAAGCAUUCUGAAGGGUAGAUGCGAUGGCGAGAAAUGGAAAACUUGCGGCGACUCUUCAUGUAGUAGUUUUAUGCAUGUGCUUAAGAGGAGUAAUAGCACUAGACCCUCAAAACAUAACCUACAGAAUAGGUUUUCUGUCGCCUUCUCCAGAUUCCAUCAUUCCCACCAACCUGGCCAUUGAAUGGAAUUCAGCAUUUCAAGUGGCCAUGGAAGUUCUUAACGCGGAGAAUAGACCUUAUACAAUGGUCUCGACUCUGAAAAGCUCUGAAUGUGACUGGCAACUGGGUCAGCAGGCUGCCGAGUCACUUCUCCGGCCGACAACAGUUCCACCUUUGAUUGGUGCAGUUGGCCCUGCUUGUACUGAUGCAGCUAUGUCCGCUGGUAGAGCUUUUGUGGAACACAAUUAUCCGCUUGUCUCAUUUGCUGCCACUUCAGAAAGCCUCUCAAAUCGAGAUAACUUUCCAACAUUUUUCCGCACCGUUUUUAGUGAUAGGCAUCAAGCAGCAGCCAUCGCAGCCAGCGUGUCACAAUUGAAAAUCAAACGUCUCACGGUGUUGACAACUCAGCAUUAUUACAGCAUGAAUUUGGGUUCAGAGAUCGUUGAUGCGGUAGGUAACUUAGCAACCAUAAAUACUUUCCUUCUUCACAGAGGAGCUAAUUCGACUCUUGAUAUUACUGAGCUUGCUGGUGUUCUUGAUAAAGUUGGAAAGGACGAGUUUGUAGUCAUGGCUGUGCAACCCAUUCAAGCCUAUGAGAUUUGGAAAGCUGCGUAUAAAUUGGAUAGGAUAAGAUGGCCAUUUUGGUACUUUGGGACAGAUGGAGUUACUGCAUUUGAUCCACAAGACAAUUCUACAGAUCCCAACUUAGUGAGCGCUUUGCAGGGAGAAAUUGGAAUAUCUCCUCAUGGUGGUGACCUCAACAACCCUGCUUGUGAGAAGUUUUAUUCUUACUGGAAAUCCAAAAAAUAUCCUGGUUUUCCCUCUGAAGGAAAGAAUAGAACCCGUUCUUAUGUGCCUCAGUUAAUUGACGCUGUGCAAACUUACUUCCACAUUGUCGAUAAUCUCAUCAAGGCAAAUUUAUCUGUGACUAAAGAGAACGUUUUUCAAGCGCUCAACAGUUCCGGUCUUGGCACUCUAAAGUUUGAGGGGUGCAGUGGUAUAGUCUCAUUUGACCCUGCCUCUGGAAGUCGGAGCGUAGUGGCACAGGUUCCUCAAUAUGAUCUCAUGUCGCUUACACCUGCGUACUGGGAGGUUAAGGGCGAGAUAAUGAAUGGCAGUUUGGUCGGGUUGCAACUGCUGAAACCACCUGGUAGCGAAUAUGGACCCAAUUCGACAUAUAUGGGUCCCAACCCGAAUGGCUUGUCGAGCAAAACGAAGAUUUGGAUCAUUGCUGGCACCUUCGCUGGUGCAUGUGUUCUUUCAGCCUUGGUCGGAGGCGCUGUGCACUUUCAUCGACGCCAAAAGCACCCCGCUGUAAGGACCGAGUCAAUGCGCAGAUUUAUUGACUUCGGUAGCUUCCGAGGGGGCGAGAGCUUCCGAGCCCCUUCAUAGGAAAGCGCAGUUUCAUGGAGGCUGAACGAGUUCUAAUUACUGGGAGCUCAUGUUUAUACGAACGAUGUUGAGAGAAAUCAAUAGACAAGCAUUGAGGAUGUCACUUCACGGUAUCUCACACGGCUCAAUCUAGAUUCGAGCUCAUGAAAAUUGCUUGUCUUAGAAACGUGAAUAAUCACACUCUAGAGCAAAGCAUGAACGGCUGCUGUUCUAGAACCGUUCUAGCGUGUCCUGUUUUGGGUAGAAGGUCUUGUCAUAUGGUGAGAGUUAACCUAUCAUGGAUACGAUAUUUUACCGACCAGAUAAAAUCGUCGAAGUUUGUGUACACUCCAGAAGGCUCUCGCACCUGGAGGUGCCAUUAGAUGAGACACCAGGGAUAUGAAGGGUCCUGCAGCGUGCUCUUCAGCUGAAAAUACGCCAGUAGAUGUGAGUGACAGUAUACCUGUGAGCUACCCAAACCUGGGAACGUCCCGUGUUAGUGCUCCUGAUGUAUCAACUUCCUAUCUGUGCUGCUUGUAGCAAUGUGAGCUUAUGCCAAAAACAUUCCAUAGAUCGGCAUAUCUGAUGUGUCAACUAAAUGAAGAGUUACUUUCGGAGGAUGGACUAGUAUAGAGAAAUCGCAAAGGGGCGAGCAAAAGAGAAGACACAUACUGCACCUGGUACUGAUAACAGCUCCAAACUCAAGACGAAGCUGCAGAGAGAGGGGUAAAGGAUGGUGCAUUCUUAGAAUCAGUUGGGGUUUCCCACGUUGGCCAUGGAAUGAGAUGGAUGCUCUCUGAUAGUUGGAUGCUGCGUUGUUGUGGUCCUGUGCUGCUGCUGCUGCUGCUCUUGUUGGAUUGGGCUGUUGCAAUAAAAUCUUUCUUCCAGGCAAUGGCAAGAUCUUGAGGUACAACAAGGAGCUUUAAUUCUCCAUCACCAUUACUUAGUUUGUUACUUUGCUUUGGUUGCUGCUGCUGAUCUUUCUUCAUUGUUGGGGUGAAAUACCAGUUUGCAUCGGAGGGAGUUCAUAUAGCUCAAGUGUGUGCGUGUGUGUUUGUGUUUCUGUGCUGGAUCUAGUACAUUCGAUACAGUUGCAUAAUGCAUAGAAGUUUACCUUUCCAUGGGUUUCGACGAAAGCAUGAGACCCAGUUAAUGUGAAGAGACAUACAUGAUUUGUAAGCAUAAUCCUUUGUUUAAGUUGGAGGAUGUUCCAACAGGCUUAUGAAGUGGUGAUCAACUAAAUACAUCAAAGAAUAAUUUGAGGGUUU